CGGCGCCAGCGUCAAUCGUCGCUCCUUUAUGGCGUCGCCUGUGGACGAGCCAUCCAUCCUUACGGCUGUCAACGUUAGCCGCCGAAUAAUUCCGGCCGGGUCGGACUCGAAAACAAGGCCCUUCGGAUGUCCAAACACAAACUGUUUCUGCUGAGGCAUGGGGAGGGGGCGUGGAACAAGGAGAACCGUUUCUGCAGCUGGGUGGACCAGAAGCUGAGCGAGGCUGGCGUGGCGGAGGCCCAGGAGUGCGGCCGGCUCCUCAAGGAGCAGGGCUACAAGUUUGACCAGGUGUUCACCUCCAUACUCAGCCGCUCCGUCCAUACUGCCUGGCUGGUGCUGGAGGCCAUGGGCCAGGAGUGGGUUCCUGUGAUCAAGUCCUGGAGGCUGAAUGAGCGCCACUACGGGGCCCUGAUUGGGUUGAACCGGGCCGAGAUGGCUCUCAACCACGGGGAGGAGCAGGUGAAACUGUGGAGGCGGAGCUACGACAUCACGCCGCCCGUAAUCGACGAAUCCCACCCUUACUUCCUGGAGAUCUACAACGACCGCAGGUACAACACCUGUGACGUGCCGAAGGAGAGCCUCCCCAAGGCAGAGAGCCUGAAGGAGGUGCUGGACCGGCUCCUGCCUUACUGGGAUAGCACAGUGGUACCAGAGAUAAAGAGAGGUCGAACUGUUCUCAUCGCCGCCCAUGGCAACAGUUGCCGUGCCCUGCUGAAGCAUCUGGAAGGUAUAUCAGACGAGGACAUCGUCAACGUGACUUUGCCCACUGGAAUUCCAGUUUUGCUGGAGCUGGAUGACAACCUUCGGCCCGUGAAGCCUCGGAAGCUCCUGGGAGACCAGACGAAGAUCCAGGCAGCCAUCAAGAAGGUGGAGGACCAGGGAAAAGCCAACUCGUCCGCCUGAACACCAUCACUAAGACGUCAGUAACGCCCCCCCCCCCUGGUUUCAUGGACACUUACUAGCUGCAGAGAAAAGCUUUUCGAGACACUACCAAAAAAAAAAAGAAAAAAAGAAAAAAGAAAGGAUUAAUUGAUGACAACUACAACAGAUUGUUCUGCUGAGGUUUACAGGAAAUCUGGAAGUCGCACAUUGAAUGGACUGUUUUGUGUCUGUUUUAUUGGACUGGGCUGGUUUUUGCAGGUAGACCAGGAGGUCCUAGAGGGAACUGAAAGAGUCGGGAGACUGGUUUUUAAACGCCCUGCUUUACACCUGGCAUUAAAAUGCGUCAUGCCUGAUCAGAAAGCAGCCAGGUUUUGCUUUCUCGCAUACAAAUCCAGGUGUAGAUGCAUCCGAGAGAUAUAUCGUUAAACUACUGGGGGGCCUGUUUGUCCACAGACCCAUAUUUGAUAACGGGAGUAAAUGCAAUGACGAUAAAUUAUUUAGUGUAAGGUCUGGAGAAUAUGUUGUAUAAAAAUGUCUCGUGUAAAUUUGUCUAAGCACUGUGAUGAAGCGUGUUGUGUGUAAGCACUGAGGUCUGAUCUAGAAGCCGGGGUGCCCCAGGUGAGACCCGUAUGAGUAACCGACCUAUCGCCAUGUGGUAGAGUUACCGUGAGGUGAGCACAUCCAGCACCAUUUACUUUGUUUUCUGCUACUGAGGGAGGUCUACAGAUGGGCUCUCUGUUACACCGAUGCACUCUGGGAACGCAUUCAGUAUUGAUUGGCUUGGACUUGAACUUGGCUUGAGCGUCCAACAGCUUCUGUGGCCAUUUCGUUCAAGAGUAAAGCACUUCAUCAACAAAACGCCAUAUUACCUCAUGCAAACCGAUAGCCAGGCUCUUCAUUCCAAGUCUGAGUCACAGAAUUAUCUAAUUACCGUGCAUAUUCACCGGCAGCCGAGGCCCCUUCCUCGGUGGGCUUCCCAGAAAUGCGGGUGUACGGAGAUAACGCGCUGCUGACUGAAUGAUAGUUACUGAAGAAAUAAACUACAGGUUCUUCUCAGACACCUUUAGUUUAGCUGUUUGUAGAGUAUGUGUGCGGUUUACGGCCACGAUUACCGGUUGAACGGCAAACAUAAACUUGAUGGCACUUUUAAGGGGCAGUACUGAUGUGAUGACUAAUGAACAAUCAGGAACGACUUUAGAUGAACCAAGACUGUUUUGAUGGUUGUCUUCGCUGUCCACGGACUACCUGAGGUGGCUUCGUCGUCGCCUGUGCACGGGUCAAAGUGGUCGAAGCCUCCCCACCUUGUGUCUUAAUGUCCACUUGUUGUGAUUUCUCAUUGUUUGGUGUUGGCUGCUGUG